ACCAGUAGUACCAAUAUAACCUUUGUUUGUAUCGAAGUAACCUGAAAGCCGUCAUGUUUUUGCAAAAAAACGACUAUUUAUCACGGACAAAAACACUUACAGAUUAACUCUCCACUGAAUUCAGACUGAUUGAUGAUAAUUUAACGGCGCUACACAGCGACGACUGCUCUUAUUGACCCAUGCAGACAUAUGGACUAUGAGCUGCAGGUCGAAGCAUCCAACUCAGAUUAUUGCAAUCUGUAUGAAUCGGGGUCAGACUGAUUCCCCCAACACCCUGCACCACCUGAACUGUGCCACCCGUCAAGAAGGCCGAGCCCAAAAUGAGCGAUCGGAGGAGACCUCCGGUUUACAGACCCAAGUCACGGACUGAUUCAAGUAGCAGGGCAGAUGGUGGUCGCUUGCGGGGAGACGGCGGCGGAAGCAGCGACGAAGACGCCAGAACCGACCUCCGGCAACGCCUCCAAGAAGAAGCGUCGAUCUAUCGGCGGCGUCUCGACGCCUAUCGACAAGCACAAGCCGACCAAGCGGCUCUCGUCAGCCGACUACAAGCCAAAGUCUUGCAAUACAAGCAACGAUGUGCCGACCUCGAAGCCCAAAUGGUGGAAAACCCGAGACAACCGACGCUACCAUCGCCGAGUACGGCCCUGGAACAAGCCCAGCAACAUUUGAGGGAAGUUCGGGAGGAACGAAUCGCGGAUCUUGACACGGCUUUGCGGAGGCUUGACGAAGAAAAACGGAGGAACGACAAGUUGGUUCAGUUGAACGCCACUUUGAGGGAACAACUCGAAGAGUCACACAGUACCAACGAAAGCCUCACUUCUGAUUUGCAAAAAUUGACCAAUGAGUUUGAAAAUCUCCGCGAGGAGAUGAUAAUUAAGGAAGAUGAGUGGAAGGACGAAGAGCAAGCGUUCAACGAUUAUUACAGCACUGAGCAUAACCGACUCUUGAACCUGUGGCGGGACGUGGUUGCGGUAAAACGCUUCUUCAUGGAGAUACAAUCAAGCACCGAACGCGAUCUCAAUAGCAUAAAGAGCGAAGUCAGUUAUUUGGGGAAGGAAAUGAUGACUGCGUGCAGUCGAAUGGACACGAACCUUUUCACAGACUCAAUCCUUGGUGGGAAGGAACGCUCCCAACACCAACAAGAACUCUCAGAUUUGAAACAACAACUCGACACUUUAAAGCUCCAACACGAAAGUUGCCAAACCGAAAACCGGAUCAAAGACGACCGCAUCCAACAACUCCUCCGAGACACCCAAAAUCUGGAAGAGAGAUGUGCCGAAGCCGAGCACAACGUAUCUCAAGUAAUGAAGAUGCAGGAAGAGAUCGAUUUACUUCAAGCCGCUUUACGGGACAUUGCCCAUGCUUUGAUCCAAGACGCCGAGACCAAAGCCCCUGAAUUAAGUACACAUAUCCACCUUAGUGCUUCCACACCGGUGCCUCAAAAGUCGCCAAAGCGGGGACGUAUGACUUCCGCAGCUUUCGCUGAAAGCACAAUUUCAGCAGUCCAGGCCGCUUUACACAAAUACCAAUCAAUGAUACACGAACUACAGGUGAAGCUCCAGUCGAAUAGGGAGCAACUUUUGCUAGUUCGGAAACAAUUCGAUCAUUCGGAAGAAAACGUAGCAAGUUUAGAGAACAGAGUUAAGGAACUAGUGGCACAACUUGAUGCUUGUCGCACACAAUGUUCGCAACUCAGCCAGGACAAGGAUUAUCUCCAGAAGAGUUUGGAGAGUCUCAAAAUUGAGAAAAACGCCCUUGACCGGCAAAGAAUCGAAAUCAAUUCGCUAGUAGAGUCACUCAAUUUGGACUACGAUAAGUUACAAAAGACUAACAAUAAGUUGCAAAGGGAAGUGGACGCGUUACAGGACGAGAAAAUUUUUCUACAAACUGAAAUCGAGCGCUUGAAUCAGGAGGCCAGCAUCAGGGAAAUUAAUUUGAGAGGAGAGGAGGAAAGGUGCAGUCGGAUCAGAGAAGAACUGUUAAGUGCACGUGAAGAGUUACACAAACUGUACUUGUCGCACGAUAUGUUGGAACAACAAAAAGCGGAAGCUGAUAAUUUGAUCAGUAGUUUGGAAAAAGCCAAAAGUGAGGGUGAAAUUGAACUGGAGCGAAUCCUCGGCGAGCGAUCAAACGUUCACGAUUCUUUAAUCAAGAAAGAAAACAUCGCUGCUAAUUUGGAAAGCGACAAAAAGAAACUCUUGGAUGACUUAAAGAAGCUCGAGGACGAAAAACUGGCGCUACAAAUGCAAUCAAACGACCAACAAAACGACAUCCAGUCCUUACGCAAGGAACUGCUCCAAGCCGAGCAACAACGACUCGAUUUAGAAUCCGACAAAGUCUCGCUUUCGGAAAAAUGCAAAUUCCUGGAAAUCGACAAAAGCAAAAUUGAGAUGGAGUUGAACCAAGUGACGCGCGAACGCAACGACUUGAGCAACCAACUUACCGUCCUAGGCCGCAAAAAGGACGCCCUCAACGACGAGUUGGUGCGAACUCGCCAGAAACUGGAACAAGCCAACGAAACAAACGCCCGAGUUAACCGAAAUCUGGAAGAUUUGGUGCGGGAAUGCGAGGAAAAACAGUGCACGAUUGACGCGUUGGAUAAAGACAUGCAGAGACUUCAGGAACAAUUGGCUGCGAUUCGCUCCGAGAAGGAAGCUUUGGAAGCUGUGCUUUUUGACACUCAGACGAACCUUGAGGCGUCCGAAGCUCGGAAAUUCCAGCUGGAAGGCGAGCAACAAGAAUUAUUGGUCAAGCAAGAGCAGCUCAAGGCACAAAUCGCUCGCGUGACUAAGGAUUUGGAACGGUCGGAAAAGCGGUGUCUUGAGGUCAAAAACAGUUUAACCCAACAAGCGGGGAACAAGGAGGUGGAGUUCAAGCAAACGAUCGAGAAGCUGAAGAUGCAGAAUGAGGAUAAUGUUAGGAAACUGACCGAUGAGCGGGAGAAGAUUCGCUCGAGUUUGGAGAAGCGGUUGCAGCAGAGUUUGCAGCAGUUGACGCAUGAAAAAGACGCGGAAAUUCAACAGUUGGUUGAUAGGAUUGAGGCGCUGCAAAGUCACAUCGAGAAUAUGGUGCAGCAGCACGAGGAGUUGAUGCUGAGGGCGGAGAACGACAAGCAAAAGGCGCUCCUCAUUGCGCAUCACGACCAACAAGCGUUGCAAGAUCGUCUCGACGAUGCGCGAAGAGAAUUGAACAAUGAACGGGAAACUCUGGAGCGCUUGAAACGCGAAGCCAACGGCCGGUUCGAAAAAGACAGGUCGAGCAUAAACCAACUCAAGGAGGAACUCAACAAGUACCGGACCAAACUCGAAGAGAGUAAAACAAGAAACGAGGAGGAGAAAAUCAAGCUGGAACAAAGAAUCGAGGAAAGCAAAAUCGAAAGAGACGGGCUCCAGACCGAGCUGGAAAACCUCAAAGUCCAGCUGCACCUCACCGAAGACAAAAGUGAAAGUAUCAAUAACCAGCUACACGAAACGAUAAGGAAGCUGAAAGAAGCCGAAAAUAAUUCCGAAAGUCUCCGGAAAGAAAUCACAGAUGUGCGCCGACUGUUAGCCGACAGCAACUUCGAAAAGGAGAAAUACCACAACACGAACAAGGAACUGAGAGACCAUGUGAAGAAAAUCGAAGGGGAGAAGCGCGAACAGAGCCGACAACUGGAAGAAACGUUCCAGAAAAUCACAAAUCUAGAAGACAUCAAAUUAUCGGUCGAAAAUGAGAAAAACCGGCUGCAAAACCAAAUUCGCGACUUAGAAAAGGAACAGUUGCAGUCCGAACAUAAAGCACAAUCGAUUUAUGAAGAAUUGCAACGGGCGCAAGCCAGUAACACGCAACAGCAAGCCGAGGAAAAGGAACUCCAAGCCCGGCUUUUAAAUGAAGUCGAGGAGCGCGAGCGCGCGCACCAAGAAAUCCACCAACUCAAAAAACAAAUGGCAGAGCUGGACCGCAACUUGGACCAAACCCGGCAAGAGCUGGGCCGAACCCGCUCACACGGCGCCCAGCUAGAAGAGCAAUGGCACGCCCGUGAGCAAGACCUCCUGGUCCACUUGGAGGACAGCCGAGCGCGCGAAAAACGGCUCGAAGACCAGAAACACAACCUUGAAGUGUGUCUAGUCGACGCCACUCAGCAAAUCCAAGAACUCAAAGCCAAGCUUGGCGGCGCCGAAGGCCGGAUCCGGGCCCUGGAGGCCCAACUGGGCCAGUUAGAAGCGACGAAAAGGGACGUCGAGCAGAAACUAUUCAGUGUGGUUUCGACUUUACGCCGAAUCGCUGGCGUGCAGUUGGACGGUUCGGUGACGAUGCCGUACCGCCUUUUGAGUCCCUCGAGACGCUGGAGUCCGGCUCGAGGCCAUGACGACGGCAGAGACGGAAUAGUCGAUGUUGAUCCAGAAAUAGUGAGAAAAGGAGUGCGGAAUUUGAUGCAACAAGUCGCACAAAUCGAACGCGAAAGAGACGAUUACAAGACGCAAGUCGCGACGAUUAAGAAACAAUUGCAUGAAGCGCACGAGAGUCAGAGCAAGGGUGACAGUAAGUUGAAUAAGGUUUUGCAGAGUCUGAGGAGUGUUCAGGAUGAGAAAGGCAGUCUUGAGGCGAGGUUGAGUCAGAAAAGCGUCGAACUGCAAUCACAGACCACGGCUUUGCAUAAAAAAACGGAAGAGAACCAGCAAAUGCGCGAUAAAAUAGUUUCGCUUGAAUUGGCGAUAAGCAGCGGAAACGAGGAAAAGUUGCAAUACGAGGACAAAAUCGAGAAAAUGAAAAUGGCCUUGGGUCGGCUCGAGGCCGAAAAACGUGGCUUACAAGAAGAGCUGAGUCGGAUCGAAAACAGAUCGACAAAACUAGAACUGCAAAGAAUGUCAACAGAGGGUGACCUCCAAAGAUUACAAAUGAUGCUCCAGGAGAAAGAUGCAACGAUUCAGAAAUUGCAAGAGAAAUGCGAUCACCAGAGUCGCAAUUUGGCAAGUUUGGAGGAACGUUGCAUGUCACUCAAGUCAACAAUCGACCAGUUGAAUCUCUCGCUUGAAAAAGCGGCAGCUGGUGAGAAUGAGCUCCGAUCGGAGAUCCAAAGCCUCCAACGUUCCCUUCUCGAAGCUACGUCUUCAUCCCAAGCAAGCGCCGAGAAAAUGAAACAGUUGCAAAAAUCGCUCGCCAACAGUGAGAACGAGCGCAGAGUCAUUUCGGAACGUUUCGAAAGCACGCAGCAAAACCUGGCCGAAAUGCGCCGAAACCACCAAAUCCUCCAAGACCAAGUUACGCGAUUAAACAACGAAUUGGCAAAUAACGAAGUACAGCGCUCCGGUCUCGAGUCACAACUCCGGCUAGCGCAAUGGCCGGCUGACGGGACAAUUGGGUCGCACCAAGAGGAGGAACUGCACCGACAGUUGCAGUCGGUGCAGCGCGAACGCAGCGAAUUAAGAGGAAAAGUCGAUUCGCUUAACAAUAAAGUGCGCCAACUCGAGGCCGAAAAACGAAAUCUUGAACGAUCUGUGGCCAAGUCGAGCAGUAGCACCACUGUCAGGAAAGAGAAAUACGAGAUGGAUUCAGGAAUCAGCGAAUUGGAACGCUACGAACAAGAAAAUCGGGAGUUGAGGCACAAAAUCGCGCAUCUUGAAGCCGAAUUGUCCGAUAAAGAGUCCGAAUUGAUUCGGUUGAGGAGCCAAAGGCCGGGGCUUGACUCCAAGUUCGACAGGGCGGAGAUUGAGAGGUAUAGGGCGGCGCAGUUGCAGGCGGAAAGGCUGUUGGAGGCGAGGGAGCAGAGUCAUAGACAACAAGUUUCCCGGUUGGAGAAUCAGAUCACCCUUUUGAGGGAGCAGCUGAACCAGGAGAUCAAGCGGCGGCAGCAGUACGUCUUGAGGAGCACCAAAGCGGGGCGAGAGAUGCAGCAGUUGAGGCAAGCGUUGGGCGAUUCCUUGCGAACGGUUUCGCAAGAUCCAUCGCUCGAUGCCCUUUUACUAGAACACGAGGCUAGAAAGUUAGAUAAUACACUAUCGACCACUGCCAGUUUGCCUCCGGGGCUUAGUCUACCGUCGACGUCGUAUAGGAGGUCGACGACGCCACAACCGAAAUAAUUUUCUAUUAUUUGAAACAUCGGGAAAGUAUUUAUUGCACUUUUGUACCAAAGAUGAGGGAUUUGAUAUGUACACUGCCAUUUAUUAUGAUUUGCUCAAGGGUAGGAGAACGGACAAUGCUUGCGCUGGUCAGAUUAUGAAUUUUUUGUUUUUUGAUAACUGAAGUGUUCAAAAUUUACACUUAGGUCACACUCAGUAGAGGUUUGUUAGAACGUAUGUACUUAAAUUGUACUUAACCGUCCAGUUUAUGGGAGUCACAUUUUGAGAGGAAAUACAUGUUUGCCGAAUUGUUUUGCAAUUUUAAGGGCCCUGUAUUGUUCGGAAUGUGACGAUUUUUCCGUCCAACUAUGUACUUAUGUAACUGUAUUUUGUAAUGGAGUGCUAGGUGAGGUAGAUUAUCCACUUAAUGCUUAAAUAAACCAUUAUUAGACAA